GCCCCGCCGCCGGCCAUGGCCGUGCCAGCCGCGCUGCUCAGCCCGCACCACCUCCUCUCCUUCUGCUUCCCCGCCGCCGGCGGCCUCCUGGGCUAUGCCGACCUGGAGAAGGGCUACGAGGGCGGCGGCGGGGGCGACGCGGGGGACUUUAAGGAAGCCACCAGGGACCUGCUGAGCUUCAUCGACUCGGCCUCCAGCAACAUCAAGCUGGCGCUGGACAAGCCGGUGAAGUCCAAGCGGAAGGUGAACCACAGGAAGUACCUGCAGAAGCAGAUCAAGCGCUGCACCGGCAUCAUCGCCGCCGCCCCGCCGCCCGCCCCGCCGCCGCCCGCCGCCGCCUGCCCGCCCGCCGCCUGCCCCGCCAAGCCCCCGCCGCGCCGGGAGGCCUCGCAGGCGGCCAGCAGCCUCCAGAGCAAGAGCCUGGCGGCGCUCUUCGGCUCCCUGCAGCAGGGCCCAGGGGCGGCGGGCGGCGGAGAAGCGGCGGGCGGCGGCGGGGCGGCGGGCGGCGGCGGGGCGGCGGGCGGCCCGCGGAAGGUGCCGCUGCGGGACCGCAACCUGCCGCCCUCCUUCUUCACCGAGCCGGCGCUGCCCGCCGCCGCCCGCGGGCCGCCGCCGGGCGCCAAGGAGCUGGAGAAGGGCGGCGGCGGAAGCGGCGCGGAGGCCACCGAGUUCUUCGAGCUGCUGGGCCCCGAGUACGGCGCGCUGCUGCCCGAGCACGCCGCCCCGCCGGACGCCUUCCCCGGCGGCACCGCGCGCCUGCCCGCCGAGCUGGGCCUGGAGCACGGCCUCUACGAAGCGCCGCUGCCGCUGCCCGCCGCCCACCACCCGCUGCUGGGCGGGCUGCUCUACCCCGAGCCGCCCUGGAGCCCGGCCGGGCCCUGCAGCCCGCCCAAGAAGGCGCCCGCCGAGGCGCUGCGCCCGCUCUACGCCGGCGGCGCGGAGCCGGCCCCCGGCGGCGGGGAGGAGCCCGGCGGGCCCCUGCCGGCGGGGUUCGCCCCCUUCUUCCCCGAGUGCGCGCUGCCCCCGCCGCAGGGGCCCUACGACUACGGCGGCGGCUACCACCGCGCCGCCUACUCCGGCCUGUAG